GCCUUGAACGUGGAAAACGUAAGUGACCACCUUUUGUGCCGAUUUGACCAAGCGACCAAAUUAACGAGCUGCGAUUUGACCGGGUGUACAAGUGAUUUCGUAGUACACGGAUGUAUUCCCAUUGGUCACACCUACACAGUUGGACCAAUGAGAACAUUUGGCGUCCGUCCAUCAACAUUAUCAGAAUCCUAAACCAAGAACAUGGAAUCUCGGAUGGUUAGCAGAGAUGUACCAGAUAUUGAGAACUUGCUGGCUUUGAAUCCUAAAGUGACCAAGUAUGCCAACCUUGUAUCAAGCACAGAAACCAAGGAGAACAAGAAACACUGGAAGCGCAACUCUGCCAAAGGUUGCUCAGACUGUCCGCCUCGAACUAACAAUUUUGACGACAUCAAACACACUACACUGAGUGAGCGAGGGGCUCUCAGAGAGGCAACCAGAUGUUUGAAAUGUGCAGAUGCUCCUUGUCAGAAGAGCUGUCCAACCCAGCUAGAUAUCAAAUCUUUCAUCACCAGUAUUGCAAACAAGAACUAUUACGGUGCUGCAAAGGCAAUAUUUUCGGACAACCCCCUUGGUUUGACCUGUGGAAUGGUCUGUCCAACCUCUGACCUCUGUGUGGGAGGAUGUAACUUGUACGCCGCAGAGGAGGGUCCCAUUAACAUUGGAGGAUUGCAGCAGUUUGCUACUGAGAUUUUCAAAGCCAUGAAGAUCCCCCAGAUAAGGGACCCCUCCCUGCCUCCUGCAGAGGAGCUCCCAGACAGCUACAAGGCUAAAGUGGCACUACUUGGCUGUGGACCAGCCAGCAUCAGCUGUGCCACAUUCCUAGCCAGGCUUGGUUACACAAAUCUGACCAUAUUUGAGAAAUACAAUUACAUUGGAGGACUGAGUUCUGCAGAGAUCCCCCAGUAUAGGUUGCCAUAUAGUGUGGUCGACUUUGAGGUUGAACUUGCCAAAGAUCUUGGAGUCAAAGUGGAGAAAGGGAGAUCACUCAGUACAUCUGAUAUCACUGUUCAGAAGUUGAAGAAAGAGGGAUAUGAGGCUGUAUUUUUGGGCAUAGGUUUGCCUGACUCAAAGAAGAUACCUAUAUUUGCUGAUUUGAAGGAAUCGAUGGGGUUCUUUACAUCAAAAGAUUUCCUUCCGAAAGUUUCUGCUGCAAGCAAAGCAGGAAUGUGCAGCUGUAAGACCAAACUACCACAGUUAUCUGGUAAAGUGAUAGUACUAGGAGCUGGAGACACUGCAUUUGACUGUGCGACCUCAGCCCUGAGAUGUGGUGCAAAGAGGGUCUAUGUAGUGUUCAGAAAAGGAUUCACUAACAUCAGAGCUGUUCCGGAAGAGAUGGACCUGGCAAAGGAGGAGAAAUGUGAAUUCUUGCCCUUCUUGGCUCCCAGAAAGGUGAUGUCAAAGAAUGGAGUUAUCACAGGAAUGGAAUUUGUCAGGACAGAGCAGGAUGAUGAAGGAAACUGGACGGAAGAUGAGGAAGAAAUCAUCCGCAUAAAAGCCAACUAUAUCAUCUCAGCUUUUGGUUCAGGCCUGACAGAACAUGAUGUUCUUGAGGCGAUGAGUCCAGUCAAGGUGAACAAAUGGGGACUACCUGAGGUGAAUUCCAAGACCAUGCAGACCAGUGAACCCUGGGUAUUUUGUGGAGGGGAUCUAGCAGGGGUGGCACAGACAACUGUGGAAUCUGUGAAUGAUGGAAAACAGGCAUCGUGGCAUAUCCACAAAUAUCUUCAGGCAUUGCAUGGAAUUCCUAUUCCUGCCACUCCAUCUCUUCCCAAGUUUUACACCGCCAUUGAUCAGGUUGACAUCAGUGUGGAGAUGUGUGGGAUAAAGUUUCCCAAUCCAUAUGGCCUGGCCAGUGCUACCCCCACUACCAGUAGUACCAUGAUCAGACGGGCAUUUGAAGCUGGAUGGGGAUUUGCAUUGACCAAAACAUUUUCUCUUGACAAGGAUAUUGUGACUAAUGUGUCUCCACGAAUUGUGAGGGGGACAACUUCGGGCCACAUUUAUGGACCAGGACAAGGAUCAUAUCUCAACAUCGAGCUGAUCAGUGAGAAGACUGCAGCCUACUGGUGCCAGAGCAUCACAGAACUCAAAAAGGACUUCCCUCAACAUAUUGUAAUAGGAAGUAUCAUGUGCAGCUAUAACAAAGAGGACUGGACUGAACUAGCCAAAAUGGCAGAGGUAGCUGGGUCUGAUGCCCUGGAAUUAAAUCUUUCUUGUCCCCAUGGUAUGGGAGAAAGAGGAAUGGGUCUGGCAUGUGGGCAGGACCCUGAAUUGGUUAGAAACAUUUGUCGCUGGGUGAGAGAGGCUGUCAAAAUACCAUUCUUCGCCAAAUUGACCCCAAAUGUCACCAGCGUUGUUUCCAUUGCCAAAGCAGCAUAUGAAGGUAAUGCUGAUGGAGUAACAGCCACAAACACAGUGUCUGGCUUGAUGGGACUGAAAGGAAAUGGAGUUGCUUGGCCGAAUGUUGGCAAGGCACAGCGCACAACCUAUGGUGGCAUGUCAGGAAAUGCCAUUAGACCAAUCGCUCUCAGGGCGGUGACAGCCAUUGCCCGGGAGUUGCCAGGAUUCCCCAUACUGGCCACAGGUGGCAUUGAUUCAGCAGAGGCUGGGCUUCAGUUCCUGCAGGGUGGAGCCACUGUUCUGCAGGUGUGCAGUGCUAUACAUAACCAGGAUUACACCCUGAUAGAAGAUUACAUUAUAGGACUGAAGACCCUUCUGUACCUCAGGAGUGUGGAGGAACUAUAUAACUGGGAUGGACAGAGUCCUCCUACUGCACCUCAUCAAUUGGGAAAACCAGCACUGAAGGUCAAGGACAUAAUUGGAGAGAGCCUUCCAUCAUUUGGACCAUACCUGGCCAAGAGAGAAGCCAUGAAGGAUGAUAUUUACAAGAAGAUAGAUCUACUGAGUGAAGAAAACAUGCCAGAGCCUCAAAGACCUGCUCAUGCUCCAAAGAAAACCAUACCCAGUGUCAAGGAUGUGAUUGGUCUGGCUGUGUCCAGGAUUGGAACAUAUGGAGACUUGAAUAACCAGGAGCAGGUGGUGGCUCUGAUUGAUGAGGAUAUGUGUAUUAAUUGUGGGAAGUGUUACAUGACUUGCAAUGACUCCGGAUAUCAGGCCAUUAAGUUCAAUGCACAGACACAUCUACCCACUGUCACGGAUGAUUGCACAGGUUGUACUCUUUGUCUGUCUGUGUGUCCAAUCAUUGAUUGCAUCACCAUGGUACCCAAGACAACACCUUAUGUACCAAAACGUGGCAUACCUCUGAACACUGGGAAAAAUUUGCUGCCUGCAGUAACAUUGGAGACAAAUUAAAAAUGAAAUUAUGAUUUUUGUUUCGCUAACUUCCUCAUUAUUGUGCUCAAGUUAUAAUGAAAUACUGUAUGGUGACAUCAGCUGCUUGCUCUUGUCAGACUAAUAGACUUUUGAAGUAUUUUAUUCAUUGUAUUCAAUUUUUCUAUCCAGUUGUGAUAUUCUCAUUUGGUGCUAUAAAAAACAUUAUUCUUUUUUCUUCUUCAAAUUCUUAUGAUGUACAAUGUAUCAACAUGAAGUCAAAAUCAGGUUUUCUUUGAUGCAGAAAUAAAAAGAAUUUUUCAGCCAAUCAAAAUCACCAUAAUUUCAUCAAGACAAUAAAUAUUAAAUGAUUCUUGAAUCAAUGAUUUACUACAGGACUCAUGUGUUAGUAUCUUUGCCGGUGAAAAAACAGCACUAACUUAGGAUUGUGCUAAAUAAUGAUAAUCUUUUAUUUAUCCAUACUCAAACACAGAAUAAGCACUUAUAAUAUGCUGAAGGAAGUAUAUAGGAUUUCCUGCUAGAAUAGCACAAUGCUUUGUAAGACAUUUGAUAUUCAGUAGAUUUAUUCAAUAUAUUUCUCUCCAAUAAUAUGUGUGUGAAGAUUUUUUCAUAAUUUGGUGGUGGAAGUAAAUAUCCAUGAAAAGUAAAAGUUUCUGCCAAAAUUUCUUGUACUGAGACAAUCAACCUCAAAUUGUUAAUUUUCAAUACUGUUAUUAUCAAAUCAGGGUGUGAUAUUUUUUUUUUAUUAUUUGUUUUAUAUUAUAUAUUGCAUGUACAUACAUACACAUGUAUACAGAGAUUUUAUUUAAAAUUUUUAGUUGUUGGUUACCGGACUCUGAGCCAAUUUUUCACAUUUAGAUGUACAGUGUAGUAUAUAUCAAGGAUGUGAUUUUUCCUCUUUUCAGAGGAAAUUCUCUGAUUUGCUCAAUUUUUGAAAAAAUGAAACACUCGGGACAAAAGUGACAAAAAAUUAUAUUUUUCCAGGUAGGGUGAGGUGUUAUCCUCCCUUUUUGACCAGUUUUCCUCUGAUUUCCGAGGAAUCCCAGAUAUAUAUAUUUUACAAUUGAACUUGAGUAUCUCAAACAACGAUAUCUCAAAUACCAUGGAUAUGUCAAAGUGAUUCGGAAGUCCCAACCACUUAUUCUUUUACCCUCGAAAUCUCUCCGUCCCAUCGAGUUCAAGAUAACGAGGUUUGAUUGUAUAUGUAUAUGUUUUAUCCAGUAUGUAUUCAUUAGUAUUUGUAGCAUUAUGAAUGUAUUGUUUUGCUUGAAAUCCAUGGUUUUUGAUUGAAUUUCAUUGUUUUGUUUGAAAUACUAAUCAAACCCAAAGAACUUCUUAUCCAGUAGAUUGAUAAGUGUACAUAGGUAUUUUUUCAAUAGCUGGUCUACAUCGACAAUAUUUUUUGCUAAAUCAAAUAAACUAAUGUACCACAUACAUGAUUUCUUUCUUUGUCUGAUGGAUAUGUCGGCGUUCGUAAAUACCAGAAUGCCACGGAGAAGGCUGAAGGAUUUUUUUUUUUAAAAUAUACAUGGUAAAAAUUUGGUAGUAAAUGUUAUGCAUGCAUUGAUUUUUUUGUUUUUUGUGAUUCACAUUCAUUGCCCAAAUAUAAAUUUGCUUUGUGAAUAUGUGAUUGUGUUACCCCAGGAUUUAUAGACGUAUGUACACCAUAUUAUUAUUAUACUAGUGUUGGAGUCCAGGACACAUACUGGCUACUGUGUUUUGUUUAUUUAGCCAAAUAAAGUCUUGCAUAUUGACAA